AUGGCGGCAUCUAACCACACUGAGGGCACCCUUUCCUACUUCAUCCUGAAUGGGAUCCCGGGCCUUGAAGCUGCCCAUGUCUGGAUCUCCCUCCCCUUUUGCUCCAUGUAUCUCAUUGCUAUGGUGGGGAACUGCGGCCUCCUCUACCUCAUCUGGACGGAGGAAGCUCUUCACAGGCCCAUGUACUGCUUUCUCAGCCUGCUCUCCAUCACUGACCUUGCUGGGAUCAACUCCGUGAUGCCCAAAACUUUAGGCAUCUUGUGGUUCAAGCUGAAGGAGAUUGACCUCAGCUCCUGCCUGGCCCAGAUGUUCUUCAUCCACACUCUCACCGGGAUGGAGUCUGGGGUCCUCAUGCUCAUGGCCCUGGACCGAUUUGUCGCCAUCUGUUACCCUCUAAGGUACACCGCCAUCUUGACCAACUCCGUCAUUGCCAAGAUGGGCCUGGCCACCUUUCUCCGAGGAGCUGUGUUGAUGCUACCCUUCCCCUUCUUGCUCAGAGGAUUGCCGUUCUGCCGCACAAAUGUCAUUGCUCACACCUACUGGAUCGACGCCAUCUACGGCUUGGUGGCAGCCUCAGUCAUUGGAGGGUUUGACAUCUUCUGCAUUUUCAUGUCUUAUGUCUUGAUCCUCCGAGCUGUUGUGGGAUUAUCCUCCAAGGAUGCACGGAGCAAGGCCGUCAACACUUGCACUUCCCAUAUUUGUGCAAUCCUUAUCACCUACACUCUAGCAUUCUUCACCUUUUUCACACAUCGCUUUGGGGGUCACACCAUCGCCCCCCAUAUUCACAUCCUUAUGGCCAACCUGUACUUGCUUACACCUCCCAUGCUCAACCCUAUUGUUUAUGGGGUGAAGACCAAACAGAUUCGGGAGAGCGUCCUGAAACUGUUCCAACAGAGAAAGGCAAUUUCGACUCAUUCUCCCUAG